AUGAUAGAGCCCGCAAGUAUCCCUGGGCUGACACAGGACUGUCUGAUUCAGCAGAGUCGCACCUGUCCGGGCUGCUUCAUUGAGACCAAGGAUGUGUCUAAUGGAGAGCCCAGUAUCAACCUCAAAAUGGUUGACAUGAGCCGGGAGUACAGCAGCUGUCCGAUCUCUGAUAUCAACAUGCAGUGCAUGAGCACAAGUGAGACGGGUUAUGGAGACCAGCUCCUAUCAGAUCAGCUUUUGAGCUUUCCUGUCCCCAAAACCCAGUUGCUGGAGAAAACUGACACAGAGAAAGCAGACUUAGAUGAUUCAGCAUCCAAAAUCCUGUAUGAGGGCCUGCUGUUAGACAAGUGCAAUGGAGAGGAUGGCUUGCUCACCAAUCCAAAUCAGGACUGGGGCUACUUUGAGUCUUUCAUUAGUGAGAGUAAAAUGGAAUUGCUGGAUCUCUGCUCUAAGAAUGAGUUAUCCGUAAACCUCUUCUCAGAGGAGGACGUGGACAAUUACAUGUUUGACGAUGAUGACGAUUCCACUCUGAGCAGUGACGUUUGCUCGCUUAAGAUCCGUUACGAAUCUUUUCAGGACAACAUGAGGGAGAAAACCAAUGUCCUACAAGAGGAGACUCAGUUUAACUUUUUCCCAAGUGUCCUGGUGAGCUGCACAAAGAAAGACAGUGGUGUGGUAAAACGAGUUGAUGAGCUACCACUGAAACCAGAGGAGAUUGGAUUUCAAAAUGGCAGCAAAGGCGAUGGAAGUGACAGCUCCACAGAGCAGACCCCUGAUUACAGCCCUAAAAUGAACUACUUUAUAGAUUCAAGCAACUCCGCUGAUGACUCGGGUGAGUAUAGUGAUGACAGCUCCUCCACCGUUUCCUCGUUUGACACCUUCCAAGACAACGGGCCUAGAAACUCGUCCUCACAAAAGAAUGCAAGCUGCUCCAACCAUCUAAACUACGGAUUACGGGCCAAAAGAAAAGUUAGGUACAGUGAUGACUACUUGUAUUACGUCGACUCUAUUGAAGGUGAAAAAAACAUGGAAAAGCGAGACAAGCCACCUAUUGGUCCAAAGCAAGAAGUGGAUGAUGACUGGCGCCCUAAAAAGAGACGAAAGUGCUCUCGUAAGGAUCCACCUGUAAUAAUCAAAUACAUCAUCGUCAACAGGUUCAAAGGAGAGAAAUGUAUGGCCGUGAAGCUCAGCAGAAUCGAUUCAGCCGAUGAGACUGUAAGCUUAGAUGAGGACACAAUCAGCAAAUAUGAGAAGCUUGCACCUCUGAAAGAUUUCUGGCAGGAGAAAGAGAGAGAAAGAGAGGAACAGCUUAAGCUGGCAGCAGGAGAUAAACUCAAUUCCCAACAUCGCACUUUUAGUUCCAGUCCCCCCAAACGAAGAAACAAGCCAGCCAACAGGCUUAGGAUUCAGAGAAUUCAAACUGUGGAGCAAUCACCCAACACGCAGGGUCUCUUUGCCUCUGAUCCCAGGCAGGAGGUUGCUUCUACAGAUGAGACUAGCUCCAUAGGAAGGCCAUUAACAAUAGCCACCAGCUGUGCCUGCACAUUAGACCCAAAUUACAUCAUACACACUGGCGCCCUGAAGAGCAGAUCCCAAGAGAGGGAGGAAAGGAGAAUAGGAAAUAAAAUAUUCAAAAUUAAGAAAUUCAGAAGCGAAGCCAGGAUUAGAAGCAAAAAAAUGAGAGACCUCACAGAGAAUAGUGGGAGCGUGACAGACCUGACAGAAGUUUGCAUGCUGCAGAAAAACACAGACGCUGUAGGAGGUGCUGAAGACAAAAAAGGCAGCGCAGCUGCACACUGUCCCCAUUUGCGUGAGAAUCAAACAGCUAAUAAUGCUGAAAAAUUUGCAUUUGUCUCUACAGCCUGCUCCCCCAACAAAGGGGCAUCGUCUGAGAAUGUGGCCACAAGUGUCCCUGUUAUCCCUGGGGGCUAUCUACAAACAUUACUAGAUGCUUCGGAUUCUUCUGGAGGUAGCACUGGCAUCUCGUUUUUCCCUCAGCCGUCCCAUUCUCAAAUGGAUCAUUCUUUGGAAAAGAGGCAAUUCGACUCAAUUCAGCUAGCACAAAGCUGUGUACUUUCUCCACCAUCAGAAUCUGAGCUCCAACAGUCACCCCAGAAUUGUCCAAAUCUUGCCCAGAUGUGGCACCCCCAACUUGGCUCCAAUCGGCAAUUUGCUGCUGCAAAUAUUGCAGACUCUGCAAUUCAACACAAUAGCUUCACUGGCGAGAUGGCCAUGCCAAUGGUUGAGAGUCUGACAGUAUCCGACUACAACCAGAUGAGUCUAGAGAGCAACAGAAUGCUUUAUGAAAACAAUUACUUGCCCGAGCAGCCAUUGCCUCCUGAUGCUGAGUAUCAAGCUUGUCAGGGACAACCACAGUUUCAAAGAGCCACACUGCACACCAACAAUGGCAGGCUCAUCAGUUUCGACUCAGUCGGCUCACUGUCAGCUACUUCUAGCAAUUACAGCUCUCUGAGUCUCAAGUCUUGCGAGAAGGAUGGCGAGGAGGAUGUGAACGAGAACUUUCUGGCCCACUGCAGUCCCAAACUAGUGAUUCAGCAGAGUAUUGAUGCAAUCAUCCCCCUGAGGGAGUCCACAGACUUGCUGGAUAUCUCCAACUUCACUCCAGAUAAAUUCAGACACACUUCAUUUUCUGAGCUCUCUCCUCCAGAGACACCCAGUUUAUCCCCUCAACUUAUGGCCCAUGAGAUGGUGAAGGCCAAUGACCUCCAGAAAGGGGUUAAGAUGUCAUGCACCAAAGAUGUGAAUUGGGGAUGCAACAUGAAAGAGCAGCACAAUUUGGCUGGUUACUCAGUGGAUGGUCACGAGUAUCAAUUGAAGGUUUUUAAUAGCGGAGACAACCUAAGCCUGGACAAGAAAGAAGCUAAUCAAGCUGACUUUAAUGCAAAGGGGACCAAGUCAAAGAAGAAAAAUAGCAACAAACAGACUGCAGGGCAAUGUACCAAAAAAAGUAAAGCCCCAAGAGCUCCUAAAACAGACAAGGGUAAAGUUCCACGUCAGACUUCACGAGUAUCUAAAAAGUUUAAGGCCUCAUUGGAUGAGAAGGGUGGUAAAGGCCAGGCUGAGGGCGCAACUCAACCGCUGAAAGACAGCGGCUCUGAAGAAUGGACUGGAAGACAAGUCCAUGAUGAGCAACGAGAGUUUGAAGAGCCAUCCAACAUCUUAUCAAACAUUGUCUCAGGGAUGGCUGAGGUGCAGCGAUUCAUGAUGGCCUCUGUCGAGCCAAUUUGGGGUCCUGCUACAAAUAUGUGCCUACCCUCAGAGGCGAACAGCCUAAAUUUAAAAACUCUCAAAAUCCUUGCUGGAACUUCAUCUGACUCUAAGAAGAAAGGCACUGGAGCAUCUGGGGGUACAAAGAGCAGAAAAGGUGGGACAAAACGUGGCAAGAAUCAGGCAAAGUGCAACGCCUCCCUUCCCUUUUUCCCUCAGUUGGCUCUCGGAUCCAACAUGUUCGACAAGCCUAACCUUGGCGCUUCUGGUAUCAAUGGGCCCGCACACAAAAAGAUGUACCGCCACAAAACAAGUGCAAAAUUCCCUCGGAUUGAGAAUCUAAAGGGCAAGCAACCUGAACAAGACCCAAAUAAGGACAAAUCAUUAAUGGCUUCUUUUGAGAAACUGAGGUAAUAUUUUAUAUCUAGCUGCUGAUGCACGUUUCUCACUUUUCUCAUUUCCUCCUGAGUUCCUGUGAUACCUGACUCGAGAUCAGAGAUGCAUGGCAUUACUUUAUCCUUUUAGUAUCCCUACCUUCUUUUUGCCCCACUGAAGAUUUUGAUAUCUUGCAUGAGAAACUUCUUGUACUUGCAAACUACCUAUAGAUCCAUUGUGCAAGGCUUGAUUGAGAUUUUCAAUGACCAUGGCUGCAUUUUUUUUUUUUCUUCUGCAAUCUUGUUUUUGAUGUCUUUUUUUGUUUCUUCCUCACGGAUGUUGAUUCGUUUUUGUCUGAAGAAAAGGAAAAACUUGAAUAAGUGCAAAUUCUCUUUUUUUUGUACCUUUUUUAUUUUCUCAAGUGAAUCUUGCUGCCCUUUUGUAAUUAGAUAUCUCUCUUCAAACAUGUAGCUUAUUAAAAAAUUGUCUUUGUGUGAAGCAAGCUCCCCAUUUCAUUAUGUAUGCAAAAAAAGGAUGCCCUUUUUACUGCUUGACUUUAAUUAGAAAAUGCUCAGCCCCUUGUCUAGGAUAAUCAACAUCCUUGGUAUUCCCCUUAAUAUCAAUACCACACAAUGGGACCAUUUUGUAUCAGAUUAACUUUGUUCUAAUUACUUUCUUACUGUUGGAAUGUACUUAUUUUCUCUCUAUCUACUAUGCUUUUUACAGGAGUUGUACUGGAAAUUGUCUUAGAGGGACAUUUCUAUGCCAUGGAAAUCCCAAAAUGCUUCAUUCUGUGUCUUUUAUUUUUACUUUAAUUUAAAUAAUAAUAAUGAUAAUGAUAUAUAGUAUAGAUUACAACAAUAUAUUAUUACAAAUCGAUUAUUAUUAUUAUUAUUAUUAUUCAGUGUCACUGUACAGAAAUGCACUGUUUAAAGCAAAACAUGGAUUCUAUCAGUGUGCCAAAUGUAAACUCUCUGUGCACAUUAAUUAUCUGUAUGAAAACUAGUCGUUUAAUUUACUACCCCGAUCAGUGCUGGCUGUUCUCUUUCAAGACUUAACAAGAGCUGGCAUUUCUCUUUGGUUUGUGUUUUGUUUCCUUUCGGGACCCUAUCGUUUGAAGAGCACCUGCAGCUGACAGUGGUACAACCACUCAACCAAAACUACUAGACUGAAUUUUCUUACUCGUGUCACCUUACUUGCCAAAUUCAAUGUACCUCAGCACCGCUUCUGCUUAUAAUGAAAGAGAGAAGCAGAGAUAGACUCUUCUUAACAUAGAAGAGAACAUGGAAUAUGUUAAUAGAGGGUGGCAUCAGAUGGUAAUAGAACAUCAUGUACUUUAUUUUGUGUAUUUAAUUUGAAAGAGUAGUUUUGAUGGUUGAAAAAAACUAUAAUGAUUGUUGGAUUUUCCUGUAUCCCACAUUUGAAAAAUGUUCAGCCUCUUUGCCUAAUAUGAAGGAUAUGGUGAGGUUCAAAAGUCCACUUUGAAAAGUUUUAGGAUUUCUAAAAAAAUGUAAACAAAUAAAAGUUAUGACAUACAAUGAAUGAGAAAUGUAUAAGACUCUGGACUAUUUCUAGGUCACCAAUCAAAUGUAUGCGAAUUAUUAAAGUGAUGAUCCUUGAAAACGUCAAUUAUCACGGGUUUUGCUGAAAGGGGGAAAUAUACACAGCCAAUCCCAAAUAGACUUUUGAACCCCACUGUAGGUCAUAACAUGUUUAAAGUAGUAUCAACCUGUAUGAACUUUGGUAAAAUGCUGUUUUUCAUUUGUUAUUAGUGGCACAUCAUUAGAACAUUAGCCCUACAGGUUAAGGUUAUCACAAAAGCUCACGUUACUGUUGUACGAAAACAUUUCAAACUAAAUCAGUGCUUUUUAAAGCUUUGACUGCUUUGGCAUUUACCACAUUUUAAUAGAUGACACCUUUGAUUUCAAAUGAGUUGUUCUAGUAGAGUAUCUCAGGUAAAGUUAUGCCUUACCUAUAGCUUUCACCUUACAAAGAUUUCACUCUUCCCACUCUCCGCCGCCAUAUUUAGGACCAGGAUUAUGCUGAUGUGGAACUGCACACGGGCUGUACGCCCAUCUUGUCUGCCUUCUCUCAUGUCUGCCUGUUGUAAACUGAAUGUACUUCAAGUUUUUCACUAUGUGCCACUGUUUAGCUGCCUCCUCCUACUGGUGCUAAGAGGGUCAUUUUAUUCUCCCACAAAUUAUGAAACAAGGAAUACAAGAAGUGAAAACCCUUCUCCCUCUCUUUAUGAAUGUACAAUAUAUGGUUCUGUUUGAUGUAUUCACAACAUUGUCAUUAAUUGGAAUUGCUUUUGCCUUUCCGUUGGAGAAAUUAUUGAGCUUUAUAAAUAUUGUCUAGAGUUGAUACCAGAGGGAUUCUUAAUUAACUCUCAACAUGACAAAAAUAUUGUAUAUUUUUCUCCGUGCCAAUUUGUAAGAUAUUUUGUAAGUGUUUAUUUUUCUUAGAAAGUGCUGUGAAGUAUUAGUGUGUGUGUGUGUGUGUGUGUGUGUGUGUGUGUGUGUGUGUGUGUGUGUGUGUGUGUGUGUGUGUGUGUGUGUGUGUGUGUGUGUGUGUGUGUGUGAACCUUUUUUAUGCCUCUGUAGGCAGUGAAAAGGAUGUAUAAUGACAAGGUUUUGGUUUUAAAAACCAAAAUAUUAAGGAACACAAAAAAGUUAAAAAUCUACAUUUUGUUGAAGUUUUGUAAGAGGGGAAUUAUCUUGUCGUGAGAGUGUUUGUGUUAUUGUGGAAAACACAUAUAGGCAAAAAACGAAUGGAUAAAAAAAUGUGAACUAUUUGCUGUUUUAUAGAUUUUCUUGUAAAUUAUUCUUGUAUAAUUUUAUGUUGUAUCUGUUGCAAAGGUUUUAAAUAUUUGUGAUCAAGCCUGUAUGGUGAAAUGUAAUAUUGGUAACUUGCUGAGUUUUGUAAUAAUGUUUAUGGAGUACAUAUACAAAUUAA